CCCGAACCUCCUCAAGCGGAGGUUGAACAAUACCGAUGCUUUUCUCACCGUUUCCUCUCUGAUCUUGAUUGAAGCUGCAGCUUUUCAGGGAUAACCUGCACCGCUUUUCAUUUCAUUUAUAUAUUUUUUUUCUUUUGGAUGCGCCAUGCAAUCUCGUUGGAGGAGUUGUGGCAUUCGGCCGGUGGGAUGGACGCUGACUUGGAGUCUGGCACUGAUGGGAGCCUGGUGCGUCCCAGCAAAUGAAGUGAACCUGCUAGAUUCUCGCUCCGUGAUGGGAGACCUUGGAUGGGUGGCUUAUCCAAAGAAUGGGUGGGAAGAGAUUGGGGAAGUAGACGAAGACUAUGCCCCCAUCCACACCUACCAAGUGUGCCGCGUGUUGGAGCAGAACCAAAACAAUUGGCUUCACACUAACUGGAUUUUAACUGAGGGUGCCCAGCGAGUAUACAUCGAACUCAAGUUCACACUUAGAGAUUGCAACAGCCUGCCUGGUGGGGUCGGGACUUGCAAGGAGACUUUUAACAUGUAUUACUAUGAAACGGACGGUGAUGAGGACGACAUGGAGGAAGGCAAGAUGAGUGAUGGUGUUGGUAUAACUGAAGAAGAAGACAGGGCAAUGAAAGAGAGCCGAUACAUCAAAAUUGAUACCAUAGCAGCUGAUGAGAGCUUUACCGAGCUCGACCUGGGGGACCGUGUCAUGAAGCUUAACACAGAAGUCCGCGAUUUGGGUCCUUUGACCAGGAAGGGCUUCUACUUGGCCUUUCAAGAUUUAGGGGCCUGCAUUGCUUUAGUGUCGGUGCGGGUAUUCUACAAACGCUGCCCGUUCUUGGUGAAGAGUUUGGCUGAAUUUCCUGACACUAUUCCUGCCUCGGAGGCCUCACAGCUGGUUGAGGUGGUUGGCCACUGUGUUAAUAACUCUGUCCCCUUAUAUGAGCCACCACGGAUGCACUGCAGCACAGAAGGGGAAUGGCUGGUGCCCAUUGGGAAGUGUGUUUGCAAACCAGGCUUUGAGGAGAUCAGCGGAUCCUGUCAAG